AAGCUUUCAUCUCUUUCCAGUAUAUCCUUUAUAUCUCGCUGCAAACACCACUCCUUCAAUUAGUUCUCUUUGAAAAAUUUCAUUAUCUUCAAAGGGUUUAGCUUUGCUUUUUUUUCAUUUCUUUCAAUUUGAUCCCCAUGGCUCUUGAAACUUGGUUAAUAAAAGUGAAGAAAACGAUUUCUAACACUGCCAAGAUUUCAAUUCCAAAGAACUCAAAAGCUUCAAAGCAUGUUAAAUCCACCGUCGGAGUUUUAUCUUUUGAAAUCGCCGGCCUUAUGUCGAAGCUUCUUCACCUUUGGAAUUCACUUUCCGAUAAGAACGUAAUUCGUCUUCGCGAUGAAUCGGUAUCUCUCGAAGGAGUCCGUAAGAUCGUGUCGAACGACGAGUCUUUCCUGUUGGGGCUGGCUUGUGCGGAGAUCGCCGAGAAUGUUAGGCUGGUGGCUAAGUAUAUUUCGAGGAUAAGCAAGCGGUGUCAAGACUCGGGUCUUCAGUGUUUUGAUCGGUGGUUCGAUGAGUUCGCUAACUCGGGUCAUGAUACCCAUAGUUGGGUUUUGAGUUCUAAAGAAAUGGAAGCUAAAAACAAGAAGAUGGAUAGGUAUGUGACGAUCACGGCCACUUUGUAUAAAGAAAUGGAGGAACUAUCGACGGUGGAGAACAAUUUGAGGAAGUGUUUAAAAGAAUACGAAUCUUCUUCUUGUUCUUCUUCUUCGAUUAAAGAGCAAAAGAUUAUUGAUUUGCAGCAAAAGCUUUUCUGGCAAAGACAAGAAGUUAAGUAUUUAAAAGAGAGAUCUUUAUGGAAUCGAAGCUUUGAUAUGGUUGUUUCCAUGGCGGUGAGAUCAAUUUUCACUAUCUUAGCAAGGAUCAAACUUAUUUUUGGGAUUGGUCCUUCGUUAUUACCGCGAAGUCUAUCAGCUUCUGCAACUGUUCAUCCAACUGAAAACCCUAACGGAUUCAUGUCAGGUCCAUUAAAAAUUCCUUCCGAAGAAGAAAACAAAGAUUCGAGGUUCGGGUUUUUCGAGUCGAACACAAAGCUCCUCAAGCCUCCGGCGAGCACGUUAGGUGCGGCAGCUUUAGCUUUACACUAUGCUAACUUGAUCAUCAUCAUUGAAAAAAUGAUCAAGUCACCACAACUGGUAGGCGUUGAUGCAAGAGAUGAUCUUUACUCCAUGUUACCGAACAGCAUCCGGUCAUCUUUAAGGGGUAGGUUAAAAGGAGUCGGGUUUUCAGCCGGUGACCCAAUCCUCGCCGGAGAAUGGAGAACAGCUUUAGGAAGGAUCUUGGGUUGGUUAUCACCAUUAGCACACAACAUGAUCAAAUGGCAAAGUGAAAGAAGCUUCGAACAACAAAACUUGUUGCCUAAAACAAAUGUUCUUUUAUUACAAACACUGUUCUUCGCCAACAAAGACAAGACCGAAGCAGCCAUAACUGAGCUGCUGGUCGGCUUGAACUACAUUUGGAGAUUCGAAAGGGAAAUGACAGCAAAAGCAUUGUUCGAAUGUAGCAACUUUAAUGUGCAAAGUUGAUAAUUUUCCCUUUCUGGGAAUUUUAACUUGAGAAAAUUUCUGCAAAAUUUUAUGUCAAUGGGGGGUUUUCAGAUCUUUCUAAGGGUUCCUCUGUAAAUGGUAUAAUUGAUAAUAUAUAAUAUUAUAGAGAUGAAUUUGAGUGAAAAUUUGCAUGGCUUUUCAUCGA